AAAAAAAAGUUUCAAAUUGAAAUUGGCAAUGAUGUCAUACCUGCAUAUUUAUCCUGACACUUAAGGCAGUGUAAAUUUCAUUAUUUUCUCACUCUUCACGGAAAUAUAAAAUGAAUAAACAGGCACAGGCCCCUUCGAAAAAAUCAGAGGGCGACAAAGUGAAAGUAGAAGAUGCAGCGGCAGAAAGUCCGGUUGUCUACAUAUUGAGAGAUAUAGAACAAGGAAUGGUCAAUGCAUGGAAGUCUGUUUUCCCUAACUCAUAUAGAAAUGUUCAAAUUUCCUGUGGUGAUAUAUUUCAUGAGGCCUCAGCUGCUCAUGCCAUAGUUUCCCCUGCUAACAGUUUUGGUUUUAUGGAUGGAGGAAUUGACAUGGUGUACUCCAGACACUUUGGAUGGCAAAUGCAGGAACGCUUACAGAAAGUAAUUCGAGAAGAACUUGAUGGAGAAAUUUUGGUUGGACAAGCUGUAAUUAUCCCAGCCUAUGAUGAGCAGGUGCCCCCUAAAGAGGAGGAUUUGAAGGGUUGUAAUGAGGAAACCCCCAUCAAGUACCUAAUAUCAGCACCUACCAUGAGGGUACCUCAGAGUGUGGAAAACACAGUUAAUGCUUAUUUGGCAUUAAGAGCUGUCAUAUUAGCUGUACAGAAACACAACAUGAAGAACCCUGGUAACAAGAUCAAGAGUGUGCUGUGUCCAGGCCUGGGGACUGCCGUGGGAAUGAUGGAUUAUAGACAAUGUGCUCAACAGAUGCGACUGGCUUAUGAGACUUAUGAACUGAAGCUACCAGAACACAGAUUUAGGGUGUGUCCAGAAAGUCUGUGGUCCAUGAACAUUGAUCAUGCAAAGAUGAUGGAAGUUGCAGAUGAUCAGGAUGGUGCAACAUUGCUGGACUGACAAUAUGGAACAGCUGCAGAGAGUUCAACUUACAGCUUUAUCAACUUGUUCACCUGAAUGUUACCAAACUUCUACAUUAUAUUUAAUGCUUAAUAUUACGACCUAAUCAGCAAUGUAUUGACGUUUUGAACUUUUCAUAACUGUCUGAACAGCCAAUAUGGCUGAAAGUUCUAACAGUAAACAGUAAAUAUACAUAUGGUAUAUACAUAUAAAUCUUUUCAAGAUAAGUACAUAAUGAGGUAAUAUUUAUUUUCAGAAAAACAUUAUUUAAGCUACCAUUUUAUAUAUAUUUAUAUACACAUGCAUUAAUGUUGAAAAGCAGCAAUUUUCUUUUUUUGAUACAGUGUAUUUGAUGUUUUUUUUCCUUCUUAUGCAAUUCAUGAAUUGUUUGUUA